AUGCGUACUUUCUUAGAACUUUCAAAUGUUUGCUUUGAAGGUAAGCAGGAAUUCUGCGAUUAUGUAUUCAAUUAUAACAGCAUUGAUUACUGCUACAGUAUCCACUACGUCAACGCAGGGAAGUACCCCGACUAUGAAAUUUUCAAGAAUAUGGAAACUGUUGACCAGCUGCUCUGCCAACCCGAUGAGAACAGUGCGCGGCCAGUUUUCUCCAGUGUGACGUUUCGGAACGAAGCCGAAUUCCAUUUUGUCACAAAUGUUUAUCGAAGUUUUGAUCGUUUUCUAAAUAAUGGUCGAGGUUUACCAUUGUUGAUUGGCCUGACGUUUAAGAAUAAAACAUUCAAAUGGGCCGAUGAAUCGCCGUUUAAGUAUACCGAUUUUUUGGAUGCAAAAUACACUACUACAUUAUGGGAACCCGACAGAACUAGGUGUUUUCGCUUCUUCCUUUAUCAACCACCAACAAGUUUUGAUCGUUUUCUAAAUAAUGGUCGAGGUUUACCACUGUUGAUUGGCCUGACGUUUAAGAAUAAAACAUUCAAAUGGGCUGAUGAAUCGCCGUUUAAGUAUACUGAUUUUUUGGAUGCAAAAUACACUACUACAUUAUGGGAACCCGACAGAACUAGGUGUUUUCGCUUCUUCCUUUAUCAACCACCAACA